AAAAUUCACAUAUAAGUGCAAUUAAAUAAUACAUUUGACAUUUUAUUUUGCCAAACAUUUUAAAUUGUGCAUUUUUAUAAUUUAAUAUAAUUUAUAUUAUACUAAAUUAAAUAAAAGUUAAACAUCGUUAUAAUUAACUUUACUUAAAAUGAGACACAUUUUAAUAGUAUUAUCGUUCAUGUUUAUAGUCGCCAACAAUUACUGGCUUAAUUGUGUGGCUGAUGAUGACCUGGAAAAGUUACACAAAAUACAAUCACUACUGUGUGUCCCCAAUAAGACGGACACAGCUAUUAUGGAUAAAGUGAUUGAAUGCGAACACAAACACAAUCAAACGGCUGAAGAGAUAGCGUUUGCUAAGAAACUUGCAAUCAAACUAACUGAUUGCGCAAAAAAAGCUGAUGUGAGCGCCUACACCAAAGUGGAUCAAACAGUUAUGGAGCGCAAGGGAGCAUUGAUUAUGUAUUGUGAUAAAGAGUUUUUCAAUUGUAUGGUCAAAGUGUUUGUCGAUAAUAAAGAUUUAAUGGAUGAGCAUGAUCGUUUAAACAAGCCAGAAGACAAAGCGGUUGAAGUUAAAACUCAUCAAUGCAUACUGGACGUGUUCAAGAAUUAGGGAUGACAAAUUAUGAACAUGAACCAGAACAUUUAAUUUGACAGUGACCACUACUCUUUAUUCUUAUAAUUGAACAUUUAUUUUCACCCUUAUUAGAAUUGAACAUGGA